AUGAAAAUGUUCAUCAGUCACAUUCUGUCAUAUUUAGUGGUACUGGACUUGAUAUUGCAAAUUGAUUCAACUAGAAAUAAGAUAACUACCAAACAAUCGAAUAAUCAAUCAUACAAACCAACGUUUACUAAUCAAACGAUUCAAUUACGCUUAGAAAAGGAAUGCAGACAUUUGUUAGAAAAUAUUGCAAUAAAUAAAAAUUCUGAAAUUAUUUGUAAGUCUUUGGCAAAUUUAACAAUCAAUCUAUUAUUAUUAUUAUCGGAAGAAAAUCAUAACGAAUCAAUAAGUCAAAUAAAUCUUGACCUUUGUACUGGCUGUAAGAUAACUGUGAGAGCAGUAAAAUUCAUAUUGACAUUGUCACAAGUUACUUACUAUGUUGACAAGUUUAUUGAUUGGUUAUGUAUUUUCACUGGACCGUAUUUAUCUGAAUGUUCAUUUGUUGCUCAACGUUAUGCUGGUAUACUAAUCAAUUUAUUGGAAAAUACAACUGUUCCUAAAAUUUGUCAGAAAAUAGUGAAAUGUUAAGAAUGAAUGAUUUGAACAUUUGAAAUAUUGGCGGGUUGGAGAAGAAAAAAGACGUUACUUUCACUUUAUUGUAUUUUGUUAGUUAGUUAACGAAUUGUUGUGACAGUAAAUUAGCAGCUUGUGAAAUAAAAUAUAUUUACUGUUAGA